AUGAACGGUCGUCAUCUGCCGGCAGGGCAAAACAUGCAACAGGACAUGGGAAGGAGGAGACCUUAUGGUCAUCAACCAUAUCCACCGGCGGCACCUCUGUACAAUGGGUACAUGCUUCCGUACAACGCGAACUAUUACCCACAACCAUUUCCUCCACAGUACCAUAACCAAGGUAUGGCCCAACAGUAUAAUCCAUAUCAACAUUAUGGACGUUCGCCGCCGCCCCAAAUGAUGCCGCAUUAUGGUCAUCCACCUCCUCUCCCGCUGCAACCUCAAGCACCGCCUUUUACUCAACCACAACCAUCUCCUGCUAUUGCUGCCUCCCACCCGCCAGUAAUUGCGUCGUCUUACGAACCAUCUCCAGCGACUCCAGCGCUUCCGCCACCUCAAACUCCCUCAAGCCUCUCAACACAUUCGUCCAAUACUCUUCCUGGACCUCUGACGCCUCCUACUCCACAACCAACGACGCUCGAAACAUCUGCUCAGUCUCCUCCACCAAGUCUCAUUCUCUAUACACCUUUCCAACCACCGUUGCCGUGGGUCACUCCCAAUACUACUUUACCCUGGCCGACUAGACGGCGACGGAAAAGGAAGCAGAGUCCCGAAAUAUCUACGACUUAUGUCGAGCUGCCAGACUUAGACAAAGAUAUCGAUAUUGAGGCAGGGAAGGAUGUGGAGACAUCAGAAACACGUUUGGAGCCAAUAACGGCAGUUGAAGAAACUCCAGGACCUGCACCUGAAACACCCACAACUGCCCAAGAUCCAUCAGAGGAUACUGAAUCUACGGUGUCAACUACACCAUCUUCUACACAACCUCCAUCUCUACCUGCAGGGAGUACAAAAUCUCAGCGAGCUGCUGUUCCCGCUGUCCCUGUCAUGCGUGCCAUUCAAAAACCUCAGCCCAAAAGUGCGCCAUCGACGAUCCCUCAAAAGACCAAUGUAGAAACUCCGGCCGAGGCAAAAUCGACUACAUCUGAAGUCACGAAUGAAGUUGAUGAGAUAGAGCCUGUAACUGAGGAAGUCAAGGCAAUCGCGCCCCCUCCGAAAGCAUGGGCUACACCAAGAGCAUGGACUGGUCUUUUUGGAUCAUCUGGUGCACCUACAGCACCUACCACUGUCAAUGGCGGGCAGAAUGAAUCUUCUGGAUUUGGCAAGAAGAAUACAGAAUCGUUAGCCGACGCAUUGCGCUCUUUUAAUGCCGAAGCCAAGGAUUCUAAAAUGUCAUUUCUUGAGCCUCGAGGUCUUGUGAACACUGGUAAUAUGUGCUACAUGAACUCGGUUUUACAAGUUCUCGUUUUCUGCACCCCUUUCUAUAGCUUUAUUGAUCAAGUAAGCAAGAAAGCGGCGCAUAGCUUCAAGAGCGAAACUCCUUUGAUUGAUGCCAUGAUUAUGUUUAUGCGGGAAUUUUCGGUGAUUGAUUCUGCGAAAUCUGUUGAGCAACUCCGAAUGAGACUCAAGGAAGGGGAACUUGAGCAAUAUGGGGAUUCUUUCACACCUGACUUUGUGUACGAUGUCAUGCGACGAUUACCAAGAUUUGUGACGAUGCAGAGAGGGCAUCAACAAGACGCGGAGGAGUUCCUGGGCUUUUUACUUGAAGGCCUUCAUGAUGAAUGCGUACAUGUUAUGAAAUCGAAUGACUCAGACAAAACCUCAGCUGUCACAACACCCAUGAAUACACCUUCAUCCCCCACUAGCGAUGCUGCCAGCAGAAGCGGAUCUAUCGAUGAUGCCUGGCAACAGGUUGGACCUAAACAAAAGGCUUCCAUUACGAGAUCUUCCGGGACCAUUCUUACUGGUUCGCCAGUCACUAAGAUCUUUGGUGGCAAUUUGAGAUCCGAAUUGCGUGUACCGGGUUUAAAAGACUCCAUCACCCUUGAGCCCUAUCAACCACUACAACUUGAUAUUGGGUCGCCAAAUAUCCACAACAUUAUCGAUGCUCUGAAAGGUUUAACACAUUCAGAGGUCCUUCAUGGCGACUUCAAGUCUCCAAAGGGUCCCAAUGUAACCGCGACAAAGCAAGUAUUUAUUGAGACGGUACCUCCCGUUCUCAUUUUACACUUGAAGCGUUUCCAGUAUGACAACACUGGUGGAACGCAAAAAAUAUGGAAGAAGGUGGGAUACCCUUUGGAGCUCGAACUACCAAAGGAAGUCUUCCCCAAAACUAAACGAAGUGUCUUCGCUCAUGAUGGCUAUCCAAAAUACCGUCUAAUUGGCGUUGUCUAUCACCAUGGUAAGAAUGCCAGUGGUGGACACUAUACUGUGGAUGUUAGAAGACAAGAUGGAAAGGAGUGGAUUAGACUUGAUGAUACUGUCAUCAAACGGGUGAGGAGAGAAGAUGUAGCGGAAGGAGGAAGUGAAGAAGACCCGAAAGUUUUGGCUGCUGCCCUGGACGCUCACAAAAAGGAUAGUGUAUCUACUGGAAAUCUCUUCUCUUCAAUUGGAGAAGGAGUUGGAGAGGUCGAAGAGGAUGGAUGGAAACAAGCGAGUGGAUCUGGAAAGAAAUGGUCUAGUGUGGUAAAUGGCGCUUCCACACCAAAGCCUAAAUCCGCCAAUGGGCAUGGGGCUGGGGCUGGGGCUGGGGCUGGGAAGUUCUCUGUUAUGGAUAAUAAGGUUGCAUAUCUUUUGUUCUAUCAGAAAAUAUGA